UAUUUAUACUUAAAAAUCACAAAGCAGCAUGUCGUUUCCUUUGCACUUUACCUACUUAUCCUUAAUAUUCCAAUCGAUGCACAAUUUUGUGUCAUCUCUUCCCAAUGGAGCCUAUUUCCCUGACAAUGUUGUCGACUACAGCCUCCUAGAUACGAACGGAGAUCGGUGCCAAAUAAUGUUGCAGUCUGCCAUUCAAAUUUCCUUCUCGUACUAUGAUGCAAAUCACACGCGCCGCCUUGUAAGUAUCGACCUCGGUAAGCAGACCGAUACAUCUGGAAACUGUUCCCUUGGUGUGAUUAAACUGUCUUGGCAAAUGGGCAAGCAUGACUUCAGCCACGUUACAUUUCACUUUACUAAAGUUAAACAGGGGACACAUUUCGCCCUACAGAACGUUUCUGGAAAAUUUUACUCUGAAAAGGUAUAUUUUCAGUUUGAACAUAAUAAUCUUGAAGGACACGCUAAGUUCGAGACACCACUCGAUUAUUCGUACCAUUGCGAAGAAGUCGUUACAAUUGCUGGGAACAACUUACAAUUAGACUGGCUCACUAGAAGGUUCAGGCGUUUCGAGAAAAUCAAAUUGAUUGGUGGGAGUCAUUUGGACCGGCUGUCCAGUGUCCGGAUUCAACAACACGUCAAAUUAACGUAAUUUUUCUGACGAGUAUUUUUGGAAAUAUUUUCGCCAUUGCUUGUGGCCUAGUUGUUAUUUAUCUAUUAAUUUCACGCAGAGAUAAUACCAAG